AUGUCUUCUCGUGCGAACCAGUUCAUUGCGGACACUCCCGAGCCUCCUGCAUGGCUCACUCGCGUUUGUCAAAGUCCCAUGGGGAAGUCGCUCUUCCUCUACAUUCUCAAAGAUCCCACGCUCCACGACCAUCUUCGCACGGGCGAUUACAACGCUCUGAUCGAUUUCUUCACUUCCACCCUCAUCCUCAACUCCACCGACCUCUGCAGCACCAUCCACCAAGUGGACCUGAACUGCUGCUGCUACGCAACGACCGUUCUCUUCUUCGAUCGAAUCUUAAACGACAUCGCCCACAGCACUUCCCACGCCGAGUGCGAAUCCAAAAUCGCCCAGUUUUUGGACAGCUACUCCUUCGCCUCCGUCCAGGAAUGCAACGUUUUUAUCAACUACAUCGCCACUCUCCUCGCCGCUCUGCCCUCGCCUCCCAUCCAAGCCUUCCUCCAGCAGCUUCUCGAGCGCGUCUUCGACACGCUCCGCGCUCGCCACUCCACCACACUCAUCACGUUGCUUUGCUAUGCGGGCACCGCGCGGUUCAACGAUCUCUUACCGGCCAUCCAGAGCGUUCUCACCGACGACUACACGCGUCUGGCCGAGCUCAACUCGCGCUUGCACCAGCUCUCCCCCGAAGACCAAGCGGCGUUCCGCCAAAACCGGCUCUCGCAGCUGCUGUUUUCGUACUUGGCCUCGCAGCUGGUGAGCAUUCAGUUCUCGGGGAGCCGGUUUAUGGAGAUGGUGGUGCAGAUUCUGCUGUGGCUGCUGCUGGAGAAGCCCGCGGAGAAGGAGCAGGCGCCGCUGCUGCGGAUGUUGCGGAUGUGCACGUCGCGCGACGCGGUGCGGUUCCGCGACAUGGAGCUGCGCGAGCUGAUGAUGAAGCUGUGCGGGAAGGAGAGCGAGGGCGUGACGGAGAUCGGGUGGUUCUAUCGCGAGUAUUGCAUGCAGUGGCUGGAAAUGUGCUUCGCGAAGGGGAACAUUGGGCAGUUCACGAAGGACAGCUUGUUCUUCUUCUUGGAUUUGCUGGCAGUGCUGGCGGAGCAGGAGAACUAUACGGAGCGCGUGACGUCGAUUAUGGUGACGAUUCCGUGUCUUGUGUUCCAUGUACGAGUGAAAACACAGCGGUGA